GCGCGCGUUGUUUCGUAGUUUGGUAUCGUCUCGAGCAUCUUCCCCGUCCAAGGAGGCCCCGAGCGUUCUCCGAUAAACGGUCAUCGUCGUCGGCGAUAACCAGCAACACACGGCUCGGCCUGUGCGCCUCAUCCGCCGCGCUGUUGUCGAGGAAUAUUUACUAACCGACUGACAAUCCGAGAAUCGCAAACAUGACGAUCAUCACGAAGGCGAUCACGGAGAAGAAGGCGUCCGACAAAAUGGAGCAGCCAUUGUUUGUGGAGGAAAACGCGACGGAAGGCUCGAAAACCGAUCCGGAAGCAGCACGUCCAAAAACCGAUUCGGUUGGCCAUUACUUCGUUUCUAGGAGAAACAUCCAUCGUAUACAUGUGACGGCGACUUUUUUGCUCUUUCUCGUCGCGCUGAUGAUACUGAUUAUCGGCGUGAUCGGCGGGCUUUACAUCUACAAACAGUACGCGAGAACUCAGAUGCACAGAUUCCGUACCGGCUGGUACAGCAUCCCAUAUGACAGCACGAACAAGGCGUCCUACGGCAGUAACGGCAUGCAGGGACUAUUGACCGACUCCGAUCUGUUCACCAAGGGUCUCACCAGGGCCAUGGAGCAGAACGCGCUCGACAUCGAUAACUUCUUCAAGGAGAGAUUCGAGAUCGAUCUAGAGAAUGAGCACUACGAGAAGAUCGACGUGCCUGAUUUCCGCGGUGGACGCCAAGGCCGAUUUAUACACGAUUUUAACAUUAACAAAACCGGUAUCAUAGACAUCGACGGCCAGGUCUGCUUCGUGAUGCCACUGAAUCGUCAGCGUGUAUUACCGCCUCGUAAUAUGUAUGAUCUCCUGAAAAAGAUGUACGAUGGCUACUACGAAGUGGAUACUGCGAUCGUACGUGAAACCAUGAAGGUGAUUACGCCGCCGAUCACCGACAUGUCGGUUCUUGGGAAGUACAUAGCGCGCGAAUGCCAAGACUUGCCUACGUACAUGCUGCAGAAAGUAAACGCCUCUAGUGUUGUGAAACGCAGCGCGUCGAGCGGAGUGUUUGGCCAGUUCGCUGGAAAUAGUAUCAUGGAGGUGGAUAUUGUAAAUCUAGGGGACUUUGAAUGAAGCUGUGAGAGGAGUUUUGAACCAGAGGAAGGGGAGGCAGUUUUCAAUUAUUCUAGAAUAUUAAUCACCAGUAGAUCAAUAUAAAAAUUAAAUACGCUAUUCGGGGACAGAGAGAGAGCGAACUUAGGUGAAUGUUUUAUCGAAUCUAGGAUCGUUAUCUUGCAUUUAUCGUACAUCGACUGAUUUUUUUCUCUUCCUCGACUCUCUUCUGGAUUACCGAAUCUCAAACAUGCUCCCACGCUUAUUGGAACGCCUCAUUAUGUCUUUCCAUUGUAUUUUCUAUUAGCUGUAGAAAUAUCGUGAAAUUGUAUAGUGCAAUCAUGUGGUUUUGCUAGUUAUCAAUCGGAGGUAACUGAUGCAUCAUGAGAGAGUCCUUUGUAAUAUCGCGGGGGACUAAGCGUGAACGACGUAAAUCAUUAAAUUCAUUUUAAAAAAGAAAGAGAACGCGGGAAAUUGAAAUGAAAUGAAAUUACAUGAAAGCGAAACACUGUCCGAGCUUGUAAUUCGGUUCUUACGGUAUAUCCGAUGAAGCUUGUAAAGAAUAGCGUACUAAGUCGUUGCGCUCGUCAUGUAAUUUCACGAUGCGUCAUUAUUGAUAAAAAUUACGGAUAUAUUAUUUAUAUUAUGUUUAUGACCUGUCAGCAAAUUUAUCGCUCGCAAACAUACGUGUUUGAACAUUGAACGAGAUGCGGACCGCUAAAUUGCUGGCGUCGCGAAGUAAAGUAGUUUUAAAAAUGCGUUCUGGUAUAGGAAAUACGUUGCUUUUGCACGUGAUCGUGGUUACGAUGCGUAAAACAUGUUAAACGAUUAUAAGAUAAUGCGACUAUAUAAAUAUUUUUACAACACGUUCGAGAAUGGCAGAAGUUACAAAGUACUGAUUCAAGAUUGUAUCGUGACGUUCAGUGACAUUCCUCGAAGAUUUGUUUGUCCAUUCUGCAUUUUUUCUUGCGAGAAAGCUUUAACAUUGACGAAUAGAAUAUUGUAUUUUAAGUGCGUCAAAUGUUUCACGUAGCAUUUAUUUUUAUUGCCAGUUUGUUGUAAUAUGAAAAAAAACCCGCUGGGGCUGAGAACCCGAACUGGAACAGACAGUAAUAUUGCGUGAAUGCGAUAUGGCUACUAGUCUAUUUUGGUGCAUUGUCAGAGUAUAUUUGUAAUUUUGGCGACUUUAUUAUUUAUGUAUACACAAGUGCACGCCGUUCGAUGCUGGCAAAUGUAUCCAGGUACUCGGAUAUUCUCCCUCUUUUAUUCACCCUAAUCGUAAACAUCGCAUAUCAAAUAGCGAUACCUGUAAAACGUUGAGCAAAAUACUUGAGUAUAUUAUCUUAAGUCUUUCUUUCGGUUCGCGAAAGAUUAUCCUUAUUGUCACAGGAUUAUAAUCUUCCUUAUCUUGAGGAAAAAACGAUUUAGGCGUUAAAUAAGUGAUCCAAGAAUCUCAUAGCGCGCCAGAAAAUGAGAGGAAAUUCCGUAAUACAUUUCACGUUAUAGAUUAUGCAUUACAUCACCUAUAUAGAUGUCUUGAAGUUUUAAGAUGGCUAGAUAUAUAUAUUGUUGCAGGAUGAUUUUCGUAUGUAAAGUAACCGAAAUAAACCCUGAGAAAGAAUUGCAAUUUCAGUGUUCAAAUAAGAUAAAAAUUGUAUUAUGUUCCCGAGUAGACAUUAGAAAGAUUUAAACUCCCGCUCGCUUCUACUCACGUGCGAAAAGGCUCGAUUAAUUCCUUUUUUUUGCAAAUGAGUCGACUGGAAUAACGGAAGCAUAUACUUGUAUAUUAACAUGUACGAAUACACCACGUGGACCGAGUGCCUGAGCAUUUACAAAAUCCAAAUUCUCUGUGUUAGUUUCGCGCUUGUCCGUGUCACGAUUCCAAGACAUUCAAUUUAAUGUGACGCGUUUUAAAUGUCGUAGGCACAUAUAUUACUUGCUGAUGGUAAUAAAUAUAUAAUACGUUAGUUCUCUACAUUUGCUUUCUCGAUAUCGGGAACGCAAUAAUCUUGUUGAUAACGGUCGCUUUAGUGCCACUGCUUUCUUGUAUUAGUUCAAACAUAUGCAUAACUUUAAAACGACAUACGGAGGUGUAUGUAUUUAAACUUUAUUAUGAUCAGAAGCAUUAUGUACAGAUUCUCUCGCACGUUUCGAGCGAUUCUGUUGAGUUGUCGUAGCCGCUACUUCCGGUCUCUCCGAUUAUCAAGUCCGGAAAGUUGUUUCCGUAAAGUAUUAAAGAAACCAAAUUUAUAAAACUGUAUUAAUUGUAAAUCCUGCAAAUUAUAAUUGAUUGUAAGAUCUGAUGAGAAAUAAAUGGUACACAC